UCAAUACGAAACAACAUUCCCGAGUCAAACGAAACAAAAAGUUUUUAAUGUAACCUGGAUUCUUAAUUAAAUUUUGACAAAACGUUUUUGAAAAAUACAAGUUUCUUGACUCACGUGAUGACAUUUGUCAUAUCACUAAAGUGUCAAUUUAUAAGAUUUACAUGAAACUUUAUAAAAUAGUGUUUAUUUUAUAAUUUUGAUUUGAUAUAAAUGGCUGAUGAUGACGAUGAGGGGGCUUUUGGGGGUAUGUACGAGGAUGGGCACUGGGUGUGGGACGACAACGCACAAGCGUUGGCCUUUGUUAGUGAUAUACCUCCGAAACUGAUAGAGACUAUACAAAUGACCGCCAAAGCGCCGACCGGGAAUAUUGAGUUCAGAGAUGACGUUGAUUUAAUUGAACAGAUUCGUUAUCGAAGACGUUAUCAAAGGAAGUUAAAGCCCGGACAACCAGAUGUUAUUACCUUACAGGAUAUUAAGGAUAUAGCAUUAUACACUGCACCAGUCAGCAUUUUGAGUCCAAUGCUGAUCAAUGUCCUGCAUAUACCAACAACGGAACGGUUUCUAAGAGCACUUAUUCUUUGCUGCGCCUACUAUUUACAGGUAGCAGAUGAAAUGGCGAUACGUAUGAUUGAGCUCGACACUAAAGUGAGAACUCCAGAUUGUGAACAUAUCGAAAACGAGUAUCGUGACAAUUUAGCAGAUUUAAGAGUAUUAGUUGCUAAAGAAUAUUGCAUUAUGCUCAUUGGUGGGGCUGACACGAAGAAAUUUCACCAUAUGGGUCCGCAGAAAAAACUACAAUCAUUAUCGGAUAAAGAUGCUAGGCUGUUUGAAACUCUGCUACGCAUGAGUGUACAAAUUGUAUGGCUGGCUUUAGGACGCAGGAGUUUCCAUCAAAUUGAGUUGGAAACCCACCGUAUAUUCAAGUCGGAGAUUUUUAACGAAAUAGAACACACUUUGAAAACUGGAUAUAUAUCGAAAAUGAUUGCGGAAGAGCAAGCAGUGCUGCUCGGGCCCUGUGUACGUCGACAAGACAAGAAACUCAAUACUCGUUCUCCUCUCAUGAAUGAGGUGUUCUGUCAUAGGCCGAUUGACUAUCGUUUAUUAGGACUAGGAGUUGUCAAGUAUCCAGAGACUACAAACCGGUUACAGUAUUUGCAUGUGGCUGUAUCUGGCCCAGAAGAAAUUUUAAUGGAAUCCCAUUUCACGCUAGGUAUCAUUGGAAUGCCUCGUUCAGGUUUCGACACCAUGCUCAGGCCGGUCACAGUAUCAGUUGAAACGAAAUCGAAGGCUUCCAUGUCAUCUCACAGUGGACACAGCUCAAAGACUUCAGUUAGAAAAUCCACUGUUCCGCAGCAGCUAUAUCCCCCAUUAGUAAUACCUCCUAAGGAUAUAAAAGAUGUAUACUUUCCUCCACACUUCCCUGAUAAGUCUGAGAAGAAUAACCCGAUAAGUGAUGUUCAACGUCGUCGCUGGCAGAACCGACUAGUGAAGCUGUUGAAUCCUCCCCCACCGACUCAUUGAAGCAACACGAGAUAUUAGUGCUCAUUAGUUCAGCGGUUACUUCCUCAAAGCUCUCGAAGACGGAAAGGUUAUGGUCAUGUAUUAAGACUCUAGUAACAAAGCAUACAAUACCAAGGCUAGAAAUCGCAUCAGAGAUUGAAUUCAGCCAAAUAUGUCAUUUUUGGUAGAUACUAUUUUGACGCUAUUUUGACAUGUUGACAUGCUAUUUUUUAUAAGUAUUCUUUAUUAAUAUGCCUAGUAUAUUUAUUUUUUAUUAAUA